AUGUCUGGUCGUCAGACUGAAUGUAAGAUUAACAGAGGAGGAGAAGAUGCCAGUGAAAUCGAUUCAGGAGAACUUUGGAGAGAAGCUUAUCUGUUGAAUAUCAGCUGUGCUGCAAAAGUCACAGAAGUGAUUGGAUAUAAAGGAUCAAACAUUUCUUUCCAAAUCAGCUACUCAGCAAACUUUGAGAAACAUGACAAAUACUUUGGGAGGUCAGAUGGGUUCUUCUCCAAAAAACUGAUUCAGACUUCUCAAGCAAACAGAUGGGUCAGACACGGACGAUUCGCUCUGUUUGACAACACCGCUGCUCGCAGGUUUACUGUUCUCAUUACUGGACUGAUGAUGGAAGACUCUGGAUUGUACUUAUGCGGUGUGGAUAUUAAACUACAGACUGACCCUGUUUCUGAAAUAAAAAUAACAGUAAGGAAAGGUAAAACCCAGAGACCCACAACACCACCAAGAGUGGUAAUCAGCAGUUUGCACAGUCCUACAAAUAUCAGCGCACAGAAUCAGGCUCAUAACAAAAACCAUGAAUCAUACCUUAGGUUUGUGGCAGUGUUGAGUUUGGUGUGUGUGUGCGCACUUUUGUGUGGUUGUCCUUUCGCUGUAUUGAAAGUUUUGAAAGGAGUCACCAAUGGGAAGAUGUCAGCUUUAGUAUCUUAUCAUACUAGAAAGGUUUCAGACCAGGUUGUGGAUGAAUAUGUGAAAAUGAGCCCAAUCGUCUUACAAAAUUCACCCACAUCUCAUGGCGUUGAAUGUUUUGCUGUUAUUGAAUUGGACCGAUCCACAAACACAGACACAGCCCCUGACAUAGAUCCACAUUACAUAGAUGCUGCCACAGCACUAACAGGAAGUCUGGAUCUAGAUCAGAUCUACACAGAAAUGGAUGGCGAUUCUUUUCCAGAUUCAGUCUAUCAGAUAAUUGAUCAGACUUCUGACUGAUCACUGAAUCUUUAUUAACAGCCAAUGCAAAUCGUUAUUUGACAUUUUACAUAAAUGUACUCAUUUAUCAACAAAAGG